UCUUCUUUUCAACUAAACCCCAAAACAAACGCAGAAUUUCACAGAGCUCGGAAGAGUUUGUCGUCCGGUGAUCGGAGAAACAUGUUCUCCAUCACAGCAAUCAAUGAUACAGAUUCGAAAGCAAAGUGGGAACCAUUAGCUCCGACUAAAGAAGCUCAAGAAUUUCAUCUUUCACAAAAUUAUCAUGAAGGACUGCUAAAGCUACAAGGUAAGGAGUAUGUAAAGGCUCAAGAGUUGCUUGAAUCAGUGUUAAAAGAUCCUCUCAUUACAAGUGCUCAGGUAAUUAUUGUAAGGAAAAAAAAAGGGGGAAAUAUCGUUGUUAUCAUCAGCCAUAUGUUGAUUCUUGCUUACGGUUUUAGUGUUGUUGUUUCUUUUUUCGUACAGGCGGAUGGUAAUGCUAAGGAUAGUCAUCUUUCACAACUCAGAUUUCUGGCAUUGAAGAAUCUUGCCACUGUUUUUCUUCAACAAGAUCCAGCCCAUCAUGAGAAUGCUCUGCACUGCUAUCUUCAAGCUGUAGAAAUUGAUACUAGAGAUUCUGUUGUUUGGAACCAGCUGGGAACACUAUCAUGCUCAAUGGGGUUAUUGAGUAUCUCUCGUUGGGCAUUUGAGCAAGGGCUUCUUUGCAGUCCCAAUAAUUGGAAUUGUAUGGAGAAACUUUUGGAGGUUCUUGUUGCUGUUGGAGAUGAGGUUGCUUGUCUGUCCAUAGCAGAGUUGAUUUUGAGGCACUGGCCUUCACAUUCUCGAGCUUUGCAUGUCAAAAAUACCAUUGAAGAGUCUGAUCCUACUCCCUUUACUCCAAAAGGCAUAGACAAACUGGAACCUAAACAUAUUCGGCUAAAUUUUGGGCAGCACAAGCGAAAAGCAACAGAUGAUAACCUAGAUAAAGAUAUCUUGACAAAAAAGUUGAACCAGAGAAUUGAGUUGCGCCUUUCAGAAAUCUCCUGGACAUCCCUUGCUAAUGCUCUUCUAGGAGUUCUAGUUCCCAAAAAAGAUUGUGGUUCAGAAUCAGGUGACAUUAGGAUAAACGUACAGUUACAUCAAAGUCCAGAAGCUCCAAAGGGAUCUUUGGAUGAGAAAGAGCAGAUGAUCGUGACAGAGGAAAUUAUAUGUACUGAUUAUCUGAGCCCAAAUAAAUGUACUGUGUUUAGAGAGAAGGAAUCGAAUACUGAUGAGGAACAUCAUCAUGAAAGACGAAGUAUUCGUCUUCGAAGUCGUAAGCCAGAAAAGGAAGAUUUAGAUAUGGCUAGUGGUAAGGAUCCAGCUAAAGUUGUUGUUCAAUUCCUUAAACAUUUCAUUCUAGGUGGAACAGGAGUUACAGUAUCUGAUAAUAAUGUCAGUUCCCUUACAUCACAUGCUGAUGUUUUGACUAAUCCAGUGGAUUUGGAGACUUGUGAUGUUACUAGGUUUGUUGUGGAAACUUUGAACAACUUUGGUGCUUACCAUAUGGGUCAUAUUCUUCUAGAAGAGGUUGCGAAUAAAACCCUAUCACAUAGGGAUAGCGUUUCCAUAUUUUUGGAAUUGGAGAAAUGUACUAGGCACUGGGGACAAGAUAGAAGUCCAAAUUGCUGUCUUUUUCUGGCUGAGCUUUAUUAUGAUUUCGCAUUGCAUUCUCCUGACAAAUCAAAACUUGCAGAGUUUAUCUCUGAGGCAUCUUAUCAUCUUUGUAAAAUCAUAGAAUCCACAGCUUUGAAUUAUCCUUUCAGCACACAAGUUAGUGGAAGUGACCCAGCUAUAGAAUCCAAACACAAUGAUGAACUAACGAAAACAUGGUCUCAGUUCAUGAAUAACUUCUCCUUUUGGGCACGCUUUUUCUGGUUAAGCGGGCAGUUAUCAUUACUGGAAGGCGACAGGAAAAAGGCUCAACAAGAAUUAAGUGUUUGUUUGUCGCUUUUUACGAAUAAAGCAGAUACAAAGGAACAUGUGGCACCAAUUUUCCUGCCACACUGCAAAGUUGUUAAAAAGUUAACCAUAGAUAGGGUUCUCCAAGAAAUAAAUUUACUAGAGGUUGACCUACAGUUAAAGAAGAUAAAGGGGAUGAUUGAAAAUGAAAUGUAUCCUGAUUGUGUAAAUUUACUUGCUCCCCUUCUGUUCUCUGCACAAGACAUCCAUCUUGAUACUUUACGCCUUGAUGGUAAUGAAGGUGGGGUUCCUUCUGCUGAGCUUUCAGCAUUGGAUAUUUUAAUUGAGGCAUGCCACAAGGCAACGCCAAUGGAUGCUGAAGUGCUUUUGAAUAGCCAUAGGCGUAAACUGCAAAUUCUUAUUGUUGCAGCUGGAAUGAGUGAAUUUUAUGUUUCAAAUAUACCCGGUAAUUUCAUGUCAAUGUUAAAACUAUGUUCAAAUUCUGGACAAGAAUCUAAUGAAAGCACAGCCAACCGCUGUAAGGGGUUGAUUGCUGAAGAAGUGAAGGCUGUCUCACAAUGUGCAUCAAAACUAAAGAACUUGGCUGAUCCAUCUGCAAAUUCAGUGGGUGACUUCAUAGUGCCUCUACAAAUUGUUGCGGAUAUCCAGUCCUUGUUGAUGGCAAUAAUGUGCAACAUUGCAGUUGUAAGCUUCUCUAAGAAAUCAUCUGGUGCAAUCACAGAUGAGAUUGAACAAAGUGAAAAAAUCUGCUUUAUGGAUGCAGCCAUUGCUUUCUGUAGACUUCAACACCUGAUCCCUACCAUGUCUAUAAAAGCUCAGACUGAUCUAAUUGUGGCAAUCCAUGAUUUGCUUGCUGAACACGGAAUUUGCUGUGCCGCUGGAGAUGGUGAGGAAGAAGGAAUGUUUCUUAAAAUUGCAAUAAAACAUCUAUUAUCUUUGGAUAUGAAGCUCAAAGGAAGUGCUCUGCUCUCAAGCAACGGAUCCAGAGUAAUGCAAUGUGACAAGCAGGGUCAUGAAGACAACUUCAAAUCAUCAUCAAAUGAACAAAAUUUGGAAAAAACAAAUGAUACUUGCUUCUUAAGAAUAGAUACGAGCAGUAUUACUGAGCAAAAUACUCUUGAACGAUCUCAUUUUAAAGACGAUUUAUCUCAAAAUGAUGUGAAGAGAGAGAGAACAUUGAAAGUAAGUAAAUCUGAUGACAAGGGACCUGUUAAUAUCCGCAAUGGUGAGGAAAGCAAUAAACUUGAUGAAACUGACUGGGAUAUAUCUGAAGAAGAAAGAGAGGAACUUGAGUUGGGAAUUGAUAAUGCCUUGGAUCAAUGUUUUUUCUGUUUGUAUGGUUUAAACCUUAGAUCUGAUGCAUCCUAUGAAGAUGAUCUUACCCAACACAAAAACACAAGUCGUGGUGAUUAUCAUACCAAGGAACAAUGUGCUGAUGUUUUCCAGUAUAUAUUGCCUUAUGCAAAGGCCUCAACUAGAACUGGAUUGGUUAAACUUCGGAGAGUAUUACGAGCUAUACGCAAGCAUUUUCCACAGCCACCAGAUACUAUUUUAUCUGGCAAUGCAAUAAAUAACUUUUUGGAUGAUCCCAAUUUAUGCGAAGACAAACUCCUUGAGGAAGCUGGGUCCAAUGGAUUUAUUGAUUCCAUAAUGAAGAUUAUAUUCCCCAGUGGUUAUACUAGCCUACAAGAGAGGACAUUAUCAUCUGGAAGUUGCAGUUCUGACCCCUAUUUGGAGGUUUAUAGCAAUUUGUAUUACCUACUUGCUCUGUCCGAAGAAAUGAGUGCAACAGAUAAAUGGGCUGGCUUUGUACUUACAAAGGAAGGGGAAGAAUUUGUGGAGCAAAACACAAACCUCUUUAAAUAUGAUUUGUCUUACAAUCCUUUACACUUUGAAAGCUGGCAACGACUUGCAAAUAUUUAUGACGAGGAGGUAGAUUUAUUGUUAAAUGAUGGCAGUAAGCAGAUAAAUGUUUCAGUCUGGAGGAAGAAUUCUAGUUUAUCUCAGCGGGUUGAGAUAAGUCGGAGGAGGAGCAGGCGGUGUCUAUUGAUGACUUUGGCUUUAGCAAAGACUCCAGCACAGCAGGGGGAGAUACACGAGCUGUUGGCUUUAGUAUACUAUGAUGGUCUGCAGAAUGUAGUGCCACUUUAUGACCAAAGAUCUCUAGCCCCCUCAAAGGAUGCCGUGUGGAAGAUGUUCUGUCACAACUCAAUGAGACAUUUUAAGAAGGCUUCUGCACACAAGGAAGAUUGGUCUUAUGCAUUUUACUUGGGGAAACUCAGUGAGAAGCUUGGCUUUUCGCAUGAGAAAUCACUUUCUUAUUAUGAUAUGGCGAUAAAGUUGAACCCAACAGCUGUUGAUGCAGUGUACAGGAUGCAUGCCUCACGCUUAAAGUUACUUUUUACAUGUGAGAAACAGAAUACAGAGGCUCUGAAGGUUGUUGGAGUUUAUUCCUUUAGCCAGACUAUAAAGGAGAAGGCUAUGAAUUAUUCUGUCCCAGAGUUGCCCGUGCAUGUUGAUAGUGAAAGUAAUGUUACCAACUCUGAUGACAGAAAGCUGCUGAGCUCCAAUUUAUCGGAAGAUAUGUGGCAUUUGCUUUAUAGAGAUUGUAUAUCUGCCCUUGAAACUUGUGUAGAAGGAGACCUCAAACAUUUUCACAAAGCCAGAUAUACGCUUGCUCGAGGACUUUAUAGAAGGGGUGAGAAAGGGGAUCUAGAAAAGGCAAAGGAGGAGCUUUCGUUUUGUUUUAAGUCGUCUCGCUCUUCAUUCACAAUUAACAUGUGGGAGAUUGAUAGUAUGGUAAAAAAAGGAAGACGCAAGACACCGGGUCCUUCAGGGAGCAAAAGGGUGCUUGAAGUUCACUUGCCAGAAAGUUCUCGCAAAUUUAUCACUUGCAUGAGGAAGUACAUUAUGUUCUACUGGAAACUGUUGGAAGAGACUGGAGAUAUUUGUACGCUUGACCGGUCUUAUGUCUCUCUUCGAACAGAUAAGCGGUUUUCCAUGUGCCUGGAAGAUCUUGUUCCAUUAGCUCUUGGGAGGUAUGUUAAAGCCUUAAUAUCAUCCAUCCACAAAAUUACAAAUGAUGGGAUUGGUGCUGCGGACAACUUUGAGCAUCUUUUGGAGAAAAUGUUCACCUUAUUUGUGGACCGGAUAAACUUAUGGCAAGAUAUAUGCAACUUGCCAGAGAUCAGACACUCAGAGUUAUCAGAAAGCAGUUUAUACGGAUAUCUCCAACAGUUCAUCCAGUUUCUUGAGAGAAAUGUCAAGGUGGAGAAACUGGAAGAAGUAAAUGAAAAAAUAAGGAAGCGUUUUAAGAACCCGAAGCUGUCAAACAACAUUUGUGCCAAGAUUUAUAGGCAAGUUUCUAUAGCAUGGUAUCAUUCCCUAGUUAUAAAUUUGGCCUUGAUCACUCCAUUAGGUUCAGAGCCAUCAAAUGAUACUGGAAUAAUCAGUUUAUCAGAUCAAGGUGCAGAAAACAGCCAUGUUCCUUACUUGGAUAUACAACUAAACGAACUUUGGUACUCGCCAUUUGAAGAUACAGAACACCUCAAGAGUCUCGAAACGAAAUGGAACCCUCUGUUGUCAAAAAUUAGGAUUGUUAAAAUACAAAAGGUCAAAGAGGAAGAUCUGGAGACUGCUACGACACUGCUCAGAUGUUCAUACAACUUCUAUAAAGAUUCGUAUUGCUUAACAUUUCCAUCAGGCUUGAACUUUGUUAUGAUCUCGUCUCAAUUAGCAAUGGUGGGCAAUCUUAAACCAGGAACAGAAGGGUGCAAUGCUCUUGAUUUGACAGUUCCAAGGAAACUUCUCUUGUGGGCGUACAUGUUAUUGCAUGGCCGCUAUGCGAACAUUUCAACUGUUACGAAGUAUUGUGAAGAAAAUAUUAAGUCAAAGGCUAAAAAGGGAAUGGGAGUUUCAUCCACAAGUGCAUCUCCUUCCACAGCUUUGUUACACACAGGUGGAAGUGGUAGCAAAGAUGGAGAAAUCAGAUCUAUUGAAGCUGAGACUGCUAUUAUGACAUCGUGUUCUACUCUACUUGAACGUUCUACUCUACUUGAACGAGAAAUUUCCCAAAACGCGGUGUCUGUUGUUUCAUUGCCUGCAACAAGUGACUCACAAUUUUCCAGUCCUAACCAAGAAGUUUAGAUAGAGCUCUUUGGUGAGAGCUAUGUGUAUAAGUGACUUUUGGAAACAAUUUUUUAUGUCAUUUGGAUCACGGAACGAGAUCACAUUAAAAAAAGGAAAUUAUUAGCGGUUUCUGAUUAGGAUCUAGAUACAUAAUCCUAGUAUGAAAUCUCAUUCCAAUAUGUUUUAUAGUAUAAAGAUGAUUUUUUGUGUGUAUGAUUCA